AUGACAGUCGAAGUAGCAAACGGCGUCGCAGAGAAAAUCAACAUGACAGCCGCCAGCAAGAAAUCCCGCGAGAGCGAGCGUCGCCGGAGGCGGCGGAAGCAGAAGAAAAACAAGAAAGCCUCUGAAUCCACUGCCGGUGACGACAGCGAUACCGCCGCGGAGAAUGGUAACGGCGUCGAUGAUAGUGCCAAGGAAAACUCCGAUCCUCAAAAGGAUUUGGAGCCAGUUGACGUAGAGUAUGUCCCAGAAAAGGCAGAUUUUUAUGGUGACGUUGAUGAGGAAUUCAGAAAAGUCUUUGAGAAAUUCUGUUUUAAGGAAACUGCUGGUUCUGAGGAUAAUGAUAAAAAAGAUGAGACUGCCCCUGAUGCAGCCUUAAAGAAGAAUGUAAACUCGGAUUCAGAUGAGGAAGAACAGGAUGCCACGCAGAAGGAGAAAAGCAUUUCUAAUAAAAAGAAAAAGGCUUACAUUGAAAAGGAGGACAGUAAGAAGCUUAAACAGAAGCAACGUGAGAGGAUGCAGCCAAAAAUGGGAAAAAUGGAUAUUGAUUAUCAGGUUCUCCAUGAUGCCUUUUUCAAAUACCAAACAAAACCAAAGCUGACAGCACAUGGUGAUAUGUAUCAUGAGGGAAAGGAGUUUGAGGUAAAGCUAAGGGAGAUGAAACCUGGAAUGCUAUCACAGGAAUUAAAAGAUGCCCUUGGGAUGCCAGAAGGCACUCCUCCUCCUUGGCUUAUAAAUAUGCAGAGAUAUGGCCCUCCACCUUCUUAUCCCCAAUUAAAAAUUCCAGGGCUGAAUGCUCCUAUUCCACCUGGAGCUAGUUUUGGCUAUCAUCCUGGUGGUUGGGGCAAACCACCCGUUGACGAAAAUGGGCGCCCUUUGUAUGGAGAUGUUUUUGGCGAAUACCAACAAGAACAGCCCAACUAUGAGGAGGAACCUGUUGAUAAGUCAAAGCAUUGGGAUUCUUUGUCGAGGUAUGUGGCUGCCCUUAUUGCCAGUUCUAUAAUUGUUCUUAGCACCCCUACUGGUGUCGAGACUCCAGAUGUCAUAGACCUUCGCAAACAGCAGAGGAAGGAGCCUGAGAAGCCUCUCUACCAAGUGCUUGACGAGAAAGAAGAAAAGAUAGCUCCAGGCACAUUACUUGGAACAUCUCAUACGUAUGUGAUUGGCAGUGGUACACAAGACAAAACAGGAGCCAAAAGGGUUGAUCUGCUUAAAGGCCAGAAAACGGAUAGAGUUGAUGUCACAUUAGCCCCAGAAGAGUUGGAACUUAUGGACAAUGUAUUGCCUGCCAAGUAUGAGGAAGCCAGGGAGGAAGAGAAGCUGCGUAGUCAGCGUGAGGAUUUCAGUGACAUGGUUGCUGAGAACGAGAAGAAGAGGAAACGGAAGAUGCAGGACAAGGAGGGGAAAUCAAAGAAGAAAGAUUUCAAGUAUGAGGAAGCCAGGGAGGAAGAGAAGCUGCGUAGUCAGCGUGAGGAUUUCAGUGACAUGGUUGCUGAGAACGAGAAGAAGAGGAAACGGAAGAUGCAGGACAAGGAGGGGAAAUCAAAGAAGAAAGAUUUCAAGUUUUAG